GUGAGCCAUUUUCACAGAUGUCGGAAUCACAUAUGUACCGUGCCUUUGAUCCUAGCACAGCAGCUCUCGCAGGUCUGUUCGUCCUCAGUCUCCAGAACUGCACAUAUAACACUCGCUUGCCUGCCUGGUCUAAGCAAUCAUUCGCCUCUCCCGCUCGAGCCUAAUAGUAUUCGCUGGCUCCUCGACCGCCAGGCACUACUACAACCCGCUCCCGUUAUUUUUUCACAGCCAAAAAAAAAAUUCCUCGCCCUUCUCACGCUCUUCUUCCUCGCCCUCGUGGGCUACACGUUCGCGUCCGCGGGCAGUAUCGCGCCAGACAUGCAAGACGGGAACGUCGGCAUGGCGAUGAGCCAUGACAUGGAUAUGGACAUGCAGGACGGGUUUAUGGAUAUGCCCAUGGACACAGACAUGGACAUGGAAAUGGACAUGAGCACAAUGGACCGGCACAUCACGCCUCGCGACGAUCCCCCCGAAACGGCCGACGCCGUCCACGCCUGCUACCGCGAAUGCGGCUGCGUCGGCCGCGGCGCCAGACCCAUCGCCGACAUUGAGACUGAACGCGGUGGCGAGGAUCCGUGUAUCAAGAAGUGUAGGUGUCAUUGGACGCAUCGGCAUUGGGUUAGGGCUGGUGCUAGGGGUAUGGGCAGAGGCAGGGGGAUGUGA